UUAGUUCAUAUGUGUCACGUAGCGCGUAAAGAAACGACAAGUGACUACAGAGAAAAUAUACUAAAUUGUCGUAGUGUUGUCAAAAGUAUCACGAUAAAUGUUUUAAUUAUUAUUUUUUUUUUGCUAUAAUUAUUUUGUAUAUUAGGAAAUAAUUUGUAAGAUUUUGUAGAAGGAAGAAACAUUAGAUAAAGAUGUUUCGAGAGGGACAAUACAUAGAAGUGAUAAAGCUGUGGGUGUGUUUUCAGGCUUCAGACAAUUGUGUGGCGACGGUUGUCGUUACUGUACAAGAACAAAUUAUCGAAAUAAAGAAGAAAAAGAUUUCAACCAACAAGUGGCUCGAUCUUGAAGAUUGGGCGGCAGUUUAUAAAAUAUUGGAAAGAGUCGUUCUACGUAACUGCAAAAACAAUAUUAACGAGCAAUGUCGUCGGAAAUUUGAAGGCUGUCAAUGGAAAAAAUCUACAAGACAAUUGGAGAUCACGUGUACAAUUGAAUCCUUUGAAUGGACCAAAGAUACAUCAUUGUUAACGAUUAGAGUAAAUGUAUCACCUGCAAGAAGAAAGUUAACAAAGAAUGAUAUACAUGAACAAAGCUCGGGUGAUGAAAAGCCAGCUUCUAAAGAAUUAUUAGAUAGUUUAAUAAAGAAGGAAAAAGAUCUAGAAAAACCCGAAAACCAUAGCAGUUCGCAGAUAGAACAGUCAAACUAUUCUUCUCAUCAGGUAUUAGAAGAGUAUGUACCAGAUGCACCUAUAAAAAAAAACUCUUCUCCUUUAAAAUAUAUACCAAGUAGAAAAAGUACACUGCAGAGUAUGCAAAUGCCAUCUAAUGAAUAUACACCAGUACAAACAUGCAAUGAUGGUUUGGAUAAUGUUCCAUAUGUACCUAACUCCAUUAAAAAGCUCAAUACUUCUUACGAAGCUUAUGAACCUCAUAGCAUUACUUCCAUGGAAUUAGUAGAAGAAUAUGUACCUAAUUCUAAAGGUAUAAAGACUUUGGUCGAAGAAUAUGAGCCUAAUUUUAGAGGAAAGUUAAUGAAAUUUGAUGAAAGUUACGUACCAUCUACUGUACAAAUUUCAAACGAGGAUGUCAAAAGAGUACAAAAGAUCGAAAAAUUAAAGUCACGUAGAAAAGGAACACUUACAAAUAAAAAAAAAACAGAAUUCGUUUAAUACGAACAAAGUGAAUUGUAUAAACCGAUCAUCAUGAAAAUUACUUUUGAUAAAUGCAUUACUUCUAGUAUAUGUGUGCGCGCGCGCGUGUGUGUAUAAUACUAUAUAUAUACAUAUAUAUACAUAUAAUAUAUAAGUACAUAUAUAUAUAAAUAAUUUUAUUAUAAUAUUAAUAAAAAAAUAAUUAUACUGUAUCGCUUUAAUAAAAUGUAUAUUCUUAGAAUUGACAUUAUCAAUCGAUUUUCAAAGAAUUUUUAAAUCGUUUUUGGUUGUCUAUAACUAGGGACUUAAAUGUUUAAUAAAGAGCCAACUUAAUCACACAUUUAUUCGUCAUUAUCUUCAGCUUCAGAAGUUGGUUCGUCUAUCAGGUUUUGUAUCGGUUCGCAUUUAUUUUCGGUUAUUUCAUUUAUAAUCUCUUGUGUUUCUUGCUGUUGCUCUCCUUCUUCUUCAUCAUCUGUGUCAUCAUCAGCACCAGGAUGAGCAGGGACUUUAUGUACUGGACUACCAGAUGUUUGCAUACUACCUGGUUUUUGCCACAUCUUUUGUGAUUCCUUAUAUUGAGAGACAAAUAAAAUUUGAUUAUAUGAA